GGAGUUUUUAUUUACAGCUGAAUGUUAUUGCGACAUGUCACAAGGCAUUCGAAAUGGCGAGACUGUUUAACUCCUUAUUUAGAGAUCUAAGGGCAUUAUCACUCAAUAAUAUUGAAUUUUUUCAACAUGGAACAAGCAGCACACAUGCCAAAUUCCAUCAAUCUUUCUGCAUGUUGUAUGAGCACCUUGACAGAGGCAUACAGCCAUCCAUUGAACAAAUAGUGCCACUUCUUCCAAAGUAUGAUUUGUCAGCAGACACACAAGCUAAUGGAUAUCGCAGUCUUCUGAAGGUUGUCCAAAAAUGUUGCAUAAACCUUUUAAGACUGUCUCGGUAUGUCAAUGCAAAUCGCAGUUCUUUAUUUUUCCGAGGGAACUUCUACAGCAAGGAACUUGAGGCCUAUGUGAUAUGCCUCGGCCAGUUAAGAGCCACUCUUUACUAUGCCCAGAAACUUGUAGUUUACAGUCAGGAAGGGUCAUUGUUUGCUGAUGAAGACAAUUUAAAUGAUCCUGUAGUAGAGCGCUUGAUGGAGGAAGUAGAGAGCCUGGGUCAAAAUUGUUUCUAUGGACGAUGUUUAGGUUUCCAGUUCUGUGAAAGCAUGCAUAAACCUUUAACAACAGUAGCUGUUGCUAUGGCAUCCUUCAGUGAGGGAUAUCUGGAGAAAUCAAACUUCAAACAGCUGACCACUUCUGUGAUUCACAGUGGGAAGUAUUUUAUGAAUCCUGAACUCAGAGCAGAACAGAUUGUGAGCGUAACAAGAACAGCAAGUGUAGAAUUCUGCAAGAAUUUCUGGUCCAUAACAGAGUCUGACAUUAUGCAGGCCCUGCCUUCUUUAGUUUGUCCAGCCAUUAAGGUGAAUGAGGUGAUGUACCUGAAGCCAGAGUCUUUUGAAUUACCAGCUGUUAACUCUGACAAUCCAACAGACAUGGUUACAAUAACAGCUCCCUGUGCCCACACUGGGCCAGGACCAGUCAAAGUCAGACUGAUGUCUUUUGAACCCAGGGAGGGGCAGGUCUUGCGGCAUGGUAAUCAGAACCCUCGUCAUCGCCUCCCAAUGUCUAGCAGUCUGUUGAUCCAUUGUCAUGGGGGAGGAUUUGUAGCACAGUCGUCCAAAUCACAUGGAAUCUACCUCAGACAGUGGGCCAAGGAUCUCAAUGUUCCUAUACUGUCUAUAGAUUACUCCCUGGCUCCUGAACAACCAUUUCCUCGAGCCUUAGAAGAGUGCUUCUUUGCCUAUGCUUGGGCCAUCAAAAAUUGUACAAAACUUGGCUGGACAGGAGAGACCUUGUGCUUGGCUGGGGACAGUGCGGGAGGGAACCUGAUGAUCUCAACUGCUCUGAGGGCAGCAUCUUGUGGUAUCCAGAUUCCAGAUGGGAUAAUGACUGCAUAUCCUGUGGUUUUGGUGAGGUACACACCCUCUCCUGCCCGCAUCCUUGCCCUGAUGGAUCCUCUGUUACCUGUAGGAAUCAUGAUGAGAUGUCUGGCAGCAUAUGCUGGGAUAGCAGACAAGGUGGAGAAUGCAAUAGAUGAACCUUUUGAGAUCAUUGAGGCAGAUGAGGCACUCCAUGAGGAGGACAUCUUUAACUACAAAGACAAAACUGGUAACAAGGGGGACAACUUCUCCUCCAUGACAAGUAGCUGUCAUUCCAUUGAAUCUGUGGAGAAUUUAGAUGACCAGGACAUUUCUGGACAAAAUAUCUCAAACAGAUGUCACUCCAUUGAAUCUCUCCAUGCCCUGGAGGAGCCAGAUAUAUCUAGUCAGCAAUCCUCUGUUCUGGAGGGAAUCUGUGCAGAUUCAGAUGAAGACAUUACAAUUUUAAAGACAGUUAAUCGAGCAUCUGAGUCUAGUGUAGAAGAGGUAGAACACUUAACCACAGAAAACUCUGAGGAAAUUAUUCUAGAAAGUUCUGAAGAGGAGGAUUAUGAUAUUGUUAAACCAGAAGACAUCUCAGAACCAACCAAUGAUGACACAGCAGUGAAUGAUUUUACCCUUCCUGCAUCCAAAUCUGAUGGACAUUUACAACAAAACCGACCAGGUCAUAGCUCCUGUGUGAUGGACUUAAUGGCAGGGUCAUUGACAAGAUCAAAUAUGUCAGGAAUGCAGCAUUCAGUUUCACAGGACAGUAAAGAAAAGCUGGAAUUGGACUUGUCAAUGAUAAACCAUCAAAGUCACUCUCUUACUCACAGUCCUUCCUGUCCGGAGAUCAGUGAAUCUCUGCGAUACGGAUUCACUGGAAAGUUCACACCCCAGUACACCAAGGAAGUUCACAAGAGGUUCAGUCCUUUACAAAUGUUCCGGAAACAUCCAAUUGUAAAGAAUCCUUACAUGUCACCAUUCCUUGCUCCUGAUGAAAUGCUUAAGUGUCUACCUCCUAUAAAAAUGGUGGCCUGCCACCUAGACCCACUGUUGGACGACUCGGUCAUGUUUGCUCGAAGACUGCGUAGCCUUGGUAACCAGGUGGAGCUGUAUCCAGUGGAUGAUCUUCCUCAUGGUUUCCUCAACUUCUCCACUGCAAGCAAGGAGGCAAGACUGGCAUCAGAUGUUUGUGUCGAUAAAAUACGACAAAUUCUGCAACUCUCCACAUAAUACAAAGAAGAUUUGUUAGAACCAUGAGCAAUAUAGAAAAGAGCAGGGAAACUGAUUAAGGCUUUUUAUUGGAGUAUGGGAAGAGAGGUUAGAUAUGGCUAACACUCAUUGCCCUGGAAGAAAAUAGUCAUAAAUGUAUUUAUAUUUACUAAUUCUUACUGCAAUUGUGUUUUUUUCAUUUUCUGGAAAGAAGUGCAUUGUUAAAAUUAAUACAAUUAAUUUUGUCUCUAUUAAUAUUAUUUUUUAAUUUUUUUAUAGCUAGUGAACAUUAGCCAUUCUACUUUUCCGCGAUUUUAUUGUCACAACCUGUCUGCUUUUCUGCAAGUAUUUCAUACUGCUUUUCUGCGAUUGAUAUUCACUAUAUGUAAUGUGUUGUCUCCUUUUUUGGAUACCUCUUUUCCGUGAUCAUGAUUUUUAAAUGGUCAUGGUCAGCGCUUAUCAUCAAACAUUUGAGUACUAUCUCACUGUGUGAUAAAGAUUGAGUGAAAUUUGCAUUUUGCACUGGUCGGUGCUACAUUUUAGAUGUUAUGGAAAUUGUUCAUACAGAAACAAAUAUUAUAUAUGGAGCUCGCACAGAAAUGUGAAAGCAAGCAUAUUUUUUAUGUGAAUCUUUUAAUAUUUAGACCAGUGGUUGUUUUUAAUCUUUGUUUUAUCCAGUGCUAAUGGUUUUAUAUCAAUGUUCUUAUCUAGUGCCCUACUUAUACUGUAAACCAACUUUUAUUCGCUUGCGAGAAAUAUCCAUGAGUUUCGGGACCUGCUUUAACCUGCGAAUAUUAAUCACCAUGAACCAUUUCUUUUGCUUUGCAUUUGAAGAGAAUUUUUCAUCAGUUGCAAAAAUUUAUCAUUGCGAAUUGAUUUCAGACUGAUGAAUUGGGAAUAAAAGAUGAUGCGAAUAAUAGUUGGUUUACAGUAAUCCUACUUGCAUUUCCCAGUGGUAAGCAUUGGGCAACAAGUUUUACCUGGCUAACUGAAGGGGUACGCGUUAAAAUAAGUCAUGAAAAAGCAAAAAAUAUAAUCGCAGAAAAGCAGUAAUACUUGACACAUAAAAGCAGUAUUUUUUUCACAGAAAAGCAGUGUUGAAUUGCGGAAAAGUGAAACUGCGUUAACAUUAUGGGGCAAUUAUUGUUGUUUUUUUUUUUUCUUCACAAAUGAGCUAAAGGCUUAACUUUUAUAAUUAUUAAAAGAUCUUUGGGAAAAAUGGGAUUAAAUUUGUUGCCCUUUUAAAACAUAAUUAUAAAGGAUCUCUGGGAAGAUCAGCAUUAUUUGAAACAAAGCAAAAACAGAACGUAGUUGUUAAAAUCUUACCAUACAGAACUAGUGGGCCAAAUUUUUCUUGUUUUUUAAUGUACAUUCAAAUAUUAAAUGAAUCUGCUUUUCAUCUAGAGUUGAGUCACACAGUCGGGAUUUCAUUUUUUUCACAGGGAAUUUUAGUAGAGAUUUUUAUAUGCUUUCAAAAGAACAGUAUGACUUUGUUUUCAAAAUUAUUUAUUCAUGUCUUUAUGCUUAAAUCAAUUAUAUAAUGCACUGUAUUGAUUCAAUUUUGUUCAAAACAUGACUUGAGGACCAGGAAAGUUGUCUUUUAUAAAAAGUUUAAACAUACAAGUAUAAGUAGAAAAGAUAAUUAAAAAACAACGUAAGUAAAGGUUGACAGAUAUGGAACCAUCCUAAUGUUGUAGAUUCAAGUUUAUUUAAAUCACCAAACAUGGGCUGAAUUUAGAGCCCAGGGUUCAUUGUCAAAGGCAGGAAACACACAACUUAAUGAAAAGGACUUAUGGAACUCUGUUUUACUUGUGAUUAUAAAUUUUUGUGAUAUUGUUGAUUUCAGAGAUGGUGCUUGCUGAUAGUAUUGUAUUGCAUGUAUAGUUAUAAUAUUCGAUAAUAUGGGUUCUAGCCAUAGAAGUAAUAGUCAGUUGUGAUGUUUUUUGGCAUUGUAUUCAAACAAUGGCGUAAAUUAUUUUACAUUCAGAAUUUUAUCCAAAAAAAUAGCAGAUAAAAUUUAUUCAUGUACCAUAAUUGUGAUAUUUUUGACAUUGCACCCGUGCAUGUCCAAUAUUUUUGUCCUUUGUGAUACUAAAAAUAUAUUUCCAUUAAACCAUGAUAAGAUAAUACCUAAAAUGUGUAAUUAGUGCCCUUCUUAUCCACAUGUUAAGUGCAUGAUAUAGAAUACAUUUGUGUACGGUAAUUAUUUUUGGAACACACCAAAUAUCUUAAUACAUGUACUGUAUAUACAUGUAUAUUUCAUUGUCAGAGGUAAAACAACAUCAAAAGCACAAGAAAUGUGUUCACAUAUUUAAAAAAAAAUAACCAUUAAUGUUGUAUUUCAUAUAUGACGUAUACUUGUACAAUUAUAUAACAUUUUUUUGCUUUGUAAUUUUAAGAACCGAUAGUAUACAACUUUCUCUUAAGAUCCAUACUAAAUACAUUAUCCUCCUCUGGUGCCAAGUGCAGGGUGUCAGAAUCUUUUUUUGCCAUUACACGUUUUUGUGCUAAGGCUUUGGAAAGAUAUUGAAAAUGCAUGUACCUGGUAUUCUAGAAAAAAAAAAUCUUCACCACAGGACAUCUGUCAGACAAAUUCGCUUCUGGAUAUUUUGCUUGAUUAAAUGGAAUACACCCUGUACCAAAAGUUUAAAUUCAUUUUCUUGGCUUUAGACCAUGGGGAGUGGCAGAAUUGAUCAUGUACUGAAAAUAUGUAAAAAUCUUUGCUAAAGUUUUUGGUCCACUCUGCUCUGCAGCUGACUGGAGUUUACUUAAUCCCUUGGAACAGUAAUAUGUGGGUAGGGCUGAGUUUGAAAAGGCAUGUAAUCUUUAAAAAGUUUCCUCUUUACUCACAGAUGUUGACAGACUAACUGUUACAAGAUUGAGCUAAGCAAUAUUAGCCAGACUUCUCCUAAUAUAAAAAAAAAAUCUACCCGGUAUGUCCCUUGCAUUCAUGUUUGAUGCCUUAGUAUUGAAUUUAGCUUAAAAAUGUUACAGAUCUUAAUAUACAGGGGUAUUUUCACCCUUUCACACUUGUGAAUAAUUUUGCCCCAUUUUAAAUUCACCCAGAUAUAGUUGACAUGUUUAAGAGAUAAUGUUGUCUUCCUUGAAUUCACCCAAUUUUAAAUUUGCCCUCUUGGAGGAGGAGGGCGAAAGGGUCAAAAAUAGAAUUGGGGCAAAAUUUUCCUUGUAUACAGUAUUUAACAAACUGUUAGUAUGAUCAUACUAAGCAAUGUAUAUUCCAAACUUGUGAAAUUCAUGGCCCUAGUUACAGGGUUCAUGCCUUGGAGUGGAGCUAAGUUUGAAAAUGAAUUUCUUAACCUUUAAAAAUAUUCUUUACUCCUGGAUAUCUAGGAGAUAUUCAGCUUAUUGCUCGAGUAUGUGGAAAAAAAAUUUAAAAUUUAUUUAUUUAUUUAUUUAUUUUUGUCUUGAACUGUGACAUGUGAGCUUGAGAUAAAUGUGGCUUAUAACUAGAUAAAGUUGCGAAAAAACCUCAGGUGACUAUCAAGGCCCAUGAGCCUCUUUUUUUCUAGGCAUGGGUCAAUAGUCAGUUUUACAAUUUUAAGAAAACAAUUACUGUUUUUUAUUAUAGAUAAUAUCUUUUUUUUAAUAUACAUUGCAUACAUUUUGAUUUUUAAGUUAAAAAAAAAUUUACUUAUCGUUUGUAAAUUCUGUCUUUUAAUGCAUGAUUAUAUAAUUUUAUAAUUGAAAAGGUGCUUUUAAUGGAGAUAUUUUUGAACUUCUUGU